UCUCGCUCUCUGUAGCGCGUGCGCUGUCUUCCGACGCUCCGUUCUGCGAGAAACACAGGAAACUAGUCUAAAAACACACCGGAUCGACGUUUAAACGUUAACUUUGGCAGAUGAAACCUCGAUUGUUGUUUCACGUCGACCUUUUAACGGAAUACCGCGGAUAACCGAGCGCUGAGGGGGAACUGACCGAAGAUGGGUGUAAAGUCGCGGCUCGCACACUGAAGUUGGAGGAUAUUUUCCCGGAGGAAGUGAAAGAGAAGCGGCAGCUUCAUUGUUGACGGGGCCGAUCGUGAGCUCCAGCGCUGCUCAUCCUCUGAGGUGGAGCUAAGAUGAGCAUUACCAGUGAUGAAGUCAACUUUCUGGUCUACAGGUAUCUGCAGGAGUCAGGUUUCUCUCACUCGGCGUUCACGUUUGGCAUCGAGAGCCACAUCAGUCAGUCGAACAUCAACGGGACUCUGGUGCCUCCUGCUGCCCUCAUCUCCCUCCUGCAGAAAGGCCUUCAGUACGUGGAGGCCGAGAUCAGCAUCAACGAGGAUGGCACAGUGUUUGACGGCCGUCCGAUAGAGUCUCUGUCGCUCAUCGAUGCCGUGAUGCCAGACGUGGUUCACUCCAGACAGCAGGUGAUCAGAGACAAACUCGUCCAGCAGCAGAAAGCCCACUUCUCCAACCCAAUAUCCGCGGUGAACGGAGAGGAGAACGGCACCCACGCACUCAAUAAUCAUGUGGAGGUCAUGGAGGUGGACUGCGAGGCCCAGAUUCCCUCCAGUAAGGCCACGGUGUUGAGGGGUCACGAGUCGGAGGUCUUCAUCUGCGCCUGGAACCCUGUCACUGACCUCUUGGCCUCAGGCUCUGGCGACUCGACGGCACGCAUAUGGAACCUGAUUGAGAACAGCAGCAGCGGCUCGACUCAGCUGGUCCUGCGGCACUGCAUCCGAGAGGGAGGUCAGGACGUUCCCAGCAACAAAGACGUGACCUCGCUAGACUGGAACAGCGACGGCACUCUAUUAGCAACCGGAUCUUAUGACGGAUUUGCAAGAAUAUGGACAAAAGAUGGUGAUCUCAGCAGCACACUCGGCCAGCAUAAAGGACCCAUAUUUGCACUCAAGUGGAACAAGAAAGGCAACAGCAUCCUGAGCGCUGGAGUCGAUAAGACGACGAUCAUCUGGGACGCUCAUACAGGUGAAGCCAAGCAGCAGUUCCCCUUUCAUUCUGCUCCGGCGCUGGACGUGGACUGGCAGAACAACAGCACCUUCGCCUCCUGCAGCACUGAUAUGUGCAUCCAUGUGUGCCGCCUGGGAAGUGAGCGUCCGCUCAAGACCUUUCAAGGGCACACGAAUGAGGUGAACGCCAUUAAAUGGGAUCCGUCGGGAACGCUGCUGGCUUCCUGUUCAGACGACAUGACGCUAAAGAUCUGGAGUAUGACGCACGAUUCAUGCGUUCACAAUCUUCAGGCGCACAACAAGGAGAUCUACACGAUCAAAUGGAGCCCAACAGGCGCCGGGAGCAACAAUCCUAAUGCUAGCAUCCUGCUAGCCAGUGCCUCUUUCGACUCGACGGUGCGAUUAUGGGAUGUGGAGCGAGGCGUUUGCGUCCACACGCUCACUAAACACCAGGAGCCGGUCUACAGCGUGGCCUUCAGUCCGGACGGGAAGCUCCUCGCCAGCGGCUCCUUCGACAGAUGCGUUCACGUCUGGGACACGCUGAGCGGCGCGCUGGUGAACAGCUACAGAGGAACCGGAGGAAUCUUUGAGGUUUGCUGGAACAGUGUGGGAGAUAAAGUAGGAGCGAGUGCGUCUGACGGAUCGGUCUAUGUUCUUGAUUUACGGAAAUAGCUCUCGGUGAAUCCGGACGCAGGAUCGUGCAGCUAAAGCCUUUAGCGCAUCUCAGCGGCUGCCGAUUGUGACUGAACUCGUUUCUUCCGGUCGACUGAGACCCGCGGCUUCACCGGGAACAGAAUCCAAAUGUUGAAAACCAAACUAGAGGAAACGUCCGCUAGAGAUGGUCAGAGACGUGCUGUUGAGCAGCACAUGAAGUGGACAGGUGUAUAUCCUCCCCACUUGAUGUACAUUUAAUGAAUGUAAAGAUGUAAAUGAGACCGUAACACACAGAUUUUACAAACUGUGUUUGUGUUUAUAAUCUAAUCUUUUUCCUAAAGUCUUUGCUACAUUUAUGUUAUUUUUUUUCUGAUUUUGUGCACGUCAUGCCUGCUGGAUCGGCGGGAAACUCGAAUCAUGAGGAUAAGGGCCUCAAAAUAUCGUAUCGUAAGUGUGAAACGAGCGUUUUGGGCCGUGUUUGAGUUCUCAGUGUCACACUCGAGUCCUUGUAAUUUGAUAAAACGAUAAGUGAUAAAACGAUAAGUAAUAAAAGCGCUCUCCUCCACGCAAAUCUGAAUUUUUGUCUUAUUUUGUUGAUCACUUGGUUUCUUUUAUGUGGCGUUGCGCUGGGAAGCCCCGCCCACCUUGAAAUCUCAUUGGUCCAAAAUACUAAUUUUGCAUUAAACUCGAAUAUAUGGCGCCACAAACGUUGAGGCAAUGGAUUAAGAAUUCGUUCCCUCGUUUUAGUUAAAUCAUUUCCACGAUUGAUUAUUCGUUCCCUCAUGUUAGUUAAAUUGUUGUAGUAAAAUAAUUUCCAUGAAUUAAGAUUUUGUUCCCUCGUUUCAGUAAAUCGUGGCCAUGUUGUACUAAUUCGUUCCUUUGUUUUGAUUGAAUUAAAACGAGGGAACAAUUUAUGACGACGUGGACCCGGUUUACUAAAAGGAAGGGAACGAAUUAGUACAACAUUUCGUGGCCAUGAUUUAUUGAAAUUAGGGAACGAUUUCUUAAUUCGUGGCUGCGAUUUAAUUAAGAUGACGGAGCAAAUUAUUACGACGUGGCCACAAUUUAAUUCAAACGAUGGAAGGAAUUUGUACGAUGUUUCAUGGCUACAAUUAACUAAGACGAGGGAUCAAAUUCUAAAUUCAUGGCCACAAAUUUAUAAAAAUUAUGGAAAUAAUUAGUAUGACGUUUCAUGGCCACGAUAUACUAAAACAAGGAAACGAAUUCUUAAUUCGUUGCCGCAAUUUAUUUAAAACGAGGGAAUGAAUUCUAAAUUCGUGGCUGCGAUUUAAACUGAGAGAACAAAUUAGCAUGACGUGGCCACGAUUUAUAAAAACGAGUAAACAAUUUCUUAAUUUGUGGUCAUAUUUUUAUUAAAACGAGGAAACAAAUUAAUACAACAAUUCUUGGCCAUGAUUUACUAAAACAAGGGAACGAACUCUAAAUUCGUGGCCAUUAUUUAGUUAAAAUGAGGGAAGAAAAUUGUACGAAUUAAGAAUUCGUUCCCUCGUUUUAGUAAAUGUUGGCCACAAAUUUAUUAAAAUGAGAGAACGAAUUAGUACGCCGUGGCCACAGUUUACUAUUAAAAUGAUGGAAGGAAUUUGUACGAUUUUUCAUGGCUACAAUUAACUAAAACAAUGGAUCAAAUUCUAAAUUCGUUGCCACAAAUUUAUUAAAAUGAUGGAAAUAAUUAGUUUAAAGUUUCAUUGCCACGAUUUGCUAAAUCGAGAGAUGAAUUCUUAAUUCGUUGCCGCAAUUUAUUUAAAACGAGGGAAUGAAUUCUAAAUUCGUGGCUGCGAUUUAAACUGAGAGAACAAAUUAGCAUGACGUGGCCACGAUUUAUAAAAACGAGUAAACAAUUUCUUAAUUUGUGGUCAUAUUUUUAUUAAAACGAGGAAACAAAUUAAUACAACAAUUCUUGGCCAUGAUUUACUAAAACAAGGGAACGAACUCUAAAUUCGUGGCCAUUAUUUAGUUAAAAUGAGGGAAGAAAAUUGUACGAAUUAAGAAUUCGUUCCCUCGUUUUAGUAAAUGUUGGCCACAAAUUUAUUAAAAUGAGAGAACGAAUUAGUACGCCGUGGCCACAGUUUACUAUUAAAAUGAUGGAAGGAAUUUGUACGAUUUUUCAUGGCUACAAUUAACUAAAACAAUGGAUCAAAUUCUAAAUUCGUUGCCACAAAUUUAUUAAAAUGAUGGAAAUAAUUAGUUUAAAGUUUCAUUGCCACGAUUUGCUAAAUCGAGAGAUGAAUUCUUAAUUCGUUGCCGCAAUUUAUUUAAAACGAGGGAAUGAAUUCUAAAUUCGUGGCUGCGAUUUAAACUGAGAGAACAAAUUAGCAUGACGUCACCACGAUUUACUAAAACGCCGGAAGGAAUUCUAAAUUCAUGGCUAAAUUAAAACUAGAGAAGAAAUUAGUAUGACGUGGCCACGAUUUAUAAAAAUGAGUAAACAAUUUCUUAAUUUGUGGUCAUAUUUUUAUUAAAACGAGGGAACAAAUUAAUACAACAAUUCUAGGCCAUGAUUUACUAAAACAAGGGAACGAACUCUAAAUUCGUGGCCAUUAUUUAGUUAAAACGAGGAAGGAAUUUGUACGAUGUUUCAUGGCUACAAUUAACUAAAACGACGAAUCAAAUUCUAAAUUCGUUGCCACAAAUUUAUUAAAAUGAUGGAAAUAAUUAGUUUAACGUUUCAUCGCCACGAUUUGCUAAAUCGAGAGAUGAAUUCUUAAUUCGUUGCCGCAAUUUAUUUAAAACGAGGGAACGAAUUCUAAAUUUGUGGCCAUUAUUUAGUUAAAACGUGGGAAGAAAUUUGUACGAAUUAAGAAUUCGUUCCCUCGUUUUCGUAAAUGUGGCCACAAAUUUAUUCAAAUGAGAGAACGAAUUAGUACGUCAGAGAUUACUAAUAAAACGAGGGAGCGAAUUCUAAAUUCGUGGCUGCGAUUUAAACCGAGGGAACAAAUUAGUACGACAUCACCACGAUUUACUAAAACGCCGGAAGGAAUUCUAAAUUCAAGGCUAAAUUAAAACUAGAGAAGAAAUUAGUACGAUGUGGCCACGAUUCUUAAUGUUUUUUUUUUUACCCCACAUAUCAUGUGCGGGGCUCCGUAACCACACGAUCAGUCGCUAUACUAUCUUUACGAAAGUAUUUUGUCCUUCCACGCUGAAUGUGAAACUGCUCUGUGACCUGCCAGUCAAAUCUUUGGACCAAUGAGAAUUCAGCGUGGGCGGAGCUUCUCAGCACAACGCUGCAGAAAUAGAAACCAAACAACCGUCAAAAUCUCCCGUCAGAUUUAAAUGGAUGAAAAGGUGAAUUUUCUUUAAACUGAGAUGCUUUCUGUCAUCGAAUGAACCCUAGUUCAUCACUUUAUCGCAUCUUGUCUGAUUCGGACACGUUUUCAGGUUUGACCAGGUUCGAUAAGGAACUGAUCGUUUAGUCCUGCUGUAAACUUUUAAGCUGUGAUCGGUGCCUCGUCUCGAUGCCAUCGCUAUUUAACCGCGACUGGUGCGGCGUUAAUUUCAUACUGUACGUACUGCACCGUUUCGUGCGUUUGUUCGUGCAAUGGACGUUUAUUUUUUAUUUCAAUAAAACCAAUUCUAGUGGGUGUUAAUGGGGAGUUUAUAUGAAAUGCAUGGAAAGCAUGGCAUUUCUGCGUGCCGUGGAUUUCCUGAAGCCCUUAUCGUCUGUGUCAGACUGAGAAUUACGUCGUGAUCUUGGCACGUCGAGAGAUCGGUUGGUCAUGCAUGUUCUGACGUGUAUCUGACUUAAAUCUGUUUCGUGGACUAAACUGAAUCUCAGUGUCUAGCAUUCAGAGGCUCGAAUAAAUCACUUUAUUUUGAUACUACAAA